AUGCAGGAGACUGCUCCGUUACUUGACGAUUCUCAAACUGGAGGUCAAUCUGCGACGACGAAGGUGCCGGAGGUGGAGAUCCAUCUGUUUCUGACUGGGAGAGGUCUGGAUCCGAUCCAUGUUUUCAAGUGGAAUCUCGGAGGUGAGGAGCAAAAUCAGCUCGAGGUUGGACCUAUUCUUGUUAAAUAUGGAUUAAAAACCAUAUUCGCUUUCACUGUUGACUAUGGUCGAGGCGUCUGCGUCCCGAUCAAAUUUAACCCUAGGAACGGUCGGUCUCUGCUGACGUACAGAGAUGGUACCCUCGUUCACAUCAUAGCUGAACCUGAGAAUCCUGUGAGCAAAACCAUCCAAAGAAUCGUGAUUGGAGCUGUGUUUGCUACGCUGUUAAACACGUUUCUAGUGAGGCACCCUCCAGCGUGGAUCAAGAACAACUUCUCCAUUCAGGACUUACCUAUGUGGGUGCUCGUGUGCAUAAUGAUAGUACUCAUCAUAUUAAGGAAGAGAAGCAGAGACAUUUACAGGAAGUUUGGCUGGUGUCACUAG